AUGAUCUCGUCUGAGGAGAAUAUACCAGCACAGCAAAAGAGUCAAUUAGCUCCAUUUGUGGAUAGAAUACUAGCUAGUCCCCUGAAUUUUCAGCGUGCAAAGCACCCAGAUAAAGUCGCAUUGAGACCAUCCACAUAUAUUGCUUUCAAAAGUUCCAAACUCCGCAAAAAGGAGAAUUUGGGAUUCAAGCCUAUAGACGAUCUCUCCACUCCAAAGCCAUCAAAGGAGGACACGAUGCCAAGACCGAAAUCGAUGGCUGAAGCGGUAGCUCUUUACACUGGUAAAAGAUAUCUUUCUAAGAAACAGAAAAAAGAGCUCGAGCAGAAACCACUCAAGAAACAAAAAGUGCAGCCGAACGAUAUUAAGGAGCCGGUGCUUUCUGACAGCGAAUACACCAACGCGGCCGGACAAGAUGAAGAAGAAGAAAGCAGCGACGAGAAUUUUCAGACGGCCGACGAGAAAGAUGAUGAAGAUGAGGAUGAAGAUGAGGAUGAAGGCUCCGUUAGUUUUUCGGAUGUGUCAGAUGAGGACUCUGAAGACAUGGAGCAGCUGAAAAGAGACUUGAAAGAAGAUGCUCAGAAGGGACUUGACGAGGAAGAUGAGGAACUGGACAGUGAUGCUCUACGUCAGAUCAAAGCCGAAAUAAAUACUAAAGACGAAGACUUUAAGAUUUCGUCAAAGAGCAAAGAGACUCCGCCGACUUCCCCCGAGGAUCCGGUGGAUUUGGUCAAAGGGGAACUUGUGCAUUCCAAGUACGACGACUCGGAAUUCUAUGAUUUUGACGAAAACUACAAUGAUCAGGGGUCGAAUGGUUCCAUCCGGAUAUACAAGUCUUGGAGAGAGUUUAGGAACAAGCCGGGCCCCUUGGGACUGUUGAACCAUGGUGUGACCUGCUACAUGAAUUCUGCAGUGCAAGCCAUGUGUCAUAUUCCUGCUGUUCUGCAUUAUCUCGUCGAUGUUCACAACCACAAGUACAAGGACUCGAUCAGUCCAACUUCUGUCACCCAAAUUUUGGCCGACACUGUUGCCAAAAUGUACAAGCUGGAUAAUAAGGGAGAAAAGAAAGUGCGCACAAUCAAUCCUAAACGUCUCAUCAAACGGCUGGCCGACAUAAAUUGCAUGAUGUCGGAAUGGCAGCAAGAAGAUUCUCAUGAGUAUUUCAUGUCGCUUAUGUCUCGCUUACAAGAGGACUCGACUCCAAAAGGUGUCAAACUCAACCAAAGCAUAAUCUAUGACAUUUUUGGAGGGCUCCUUAGCCAAUCGGUCACCUGCAAAAACUGUGGCCAUAUAUCCACGACUGCUCAGGAGUUCUACGACCUAUCACUAGGGCUGGACAACGUCAAAAAGAGAAACAGUAGUUUGCUGGAUCCUCAACAGCUGUUUGAACUCAAGAACAAGAUAGAGGCCGCCAAAUCCAGUGAGCCUGAUGCGAAAAACAAGCUGUCCGAUUUUUUGAAACAGAAAAUCUUGCUCGCACAGGAAGAGAGAAGGAGCCGUUCUCAAACACCCGAAGCUUCAGAGUCACAGAAUUCAAGUUCUCAAUUGAUGGAAAACAACGACGGCGAAAAGUCGAGCCAGCUUCCUGAACAGCCCCAUUCACCGCCAUCCUAUAAGUACUCCUUGGAGAACUCUAUCAGGGACUUUUUUUCUCCUGAACUCCUGAAGACCGACAAAAAGGACAAGUCGGGAUACACAUGCGAGAAUUGUAAGAAGACCACCAAUGCGAUCAAAAUUUCCACCAUUGAGCGUGCUCCAGAGACGCUGACAGUCCAUCUUAAACGUUUCCGUUUCAAUGGUUCCUCGUCAAUGAAAGUCAAAGCCAACGUGACGUAUCCUGAAACCUUGGACUUAUCAGAAUACACAACUUCAAUGAAUUCUCCGACAAAAUACAAGUUGAGCUCGGUAAUAGUUCAUCAGGGACGCUCCGUGUCUUCUGGCCACUAUAUAGCUCAUUGCAGACAACCAGAUGGAUCUUGGGCUACAUAUGAUGACGAGUUCAUCAAUAAGAUCAAAGCCAGGGAUGCGUUGAGCGAUGAAAGUGCGUAUGUUCUCUUUUACUCCAGACUCACUCACAAGUCAAUUGGAGACAGAAAGAGAAGGUCUCCUGCUAGGAACGAAAAGUCCAAGAAGAGAUUCAAGAGCGGGAAUUCUAGAUGA